AUGGCUUCCUUCAAGCUGGUACACUUGUGCUUCACAGCCGUGCUGCUCUGUGUUGCCUUCUCCUGUUGCAGAGGGCAGGGAGGAGGUGGCGGCGGUGCCGGAGCCGGAGCAGGAGCAGGAGGCGGAGGGGGGUCGGGCAUCGGCGCAGUAGUACCAGGGACGCAGGACUCGGUCCAGAUCGUGGCGCAAGCCGCUCUCUGCUUUGACAACAGACCAGUGCUCACCGGGUGCCUGCAGGCGAUGGGCAUCAACGCCAGCAGCGGCACCGGCGCGAGCAUGCCGCCGCCUGCUCCGGGCGGCGCGGCGACGGCGAUCAUGUGCAGCCCGCCGUGCUUCGGGCACGUGACCAUGAUGAUGAGCUGCGUCAACGCCAUCUUCGGCAACUUCGUCAGCUACAACCCCGGCCUCAUGCAGGGCGUCCAGGCCGUCUUCCAGAUGUCCUGCGGCAACGUCAACGGCCCAGGAGGAGCCGGCGGUGCUCCCGGAGGUGGAAUGGGAGGCGGGCCGGCUGGUAACGCUGGCGGUGGUGCUGCCGGCGGUGGAAUGGGAGGCGGGCCGGCUGGUAACGCUGGCGGUGCCAGUGGGGGAGUUGGAGGCGGGGCUGCCGGUGGCAUUCCUAACGGCAUCGGCGGGCCCGGUGGCAUUCCUAACAGCAUGGGCGGUGCCGCCGGCGGAGGCGGUGGCGCGUCCGGUGCCAGCGGUGGAGGUGCCAGUGGCACUACGAACACCAUCGGCGGGGCCGCGGGCGGAGGUGCCGGCGGAACUAGCGGCGGGGCUGGAGGCGGCAACGACACUACCAACGGCGGCGCUGCCACCGGUGCCAUCGGCAGCGGCAACAUCACAAGCGUUUCACCCAAUGCAGGCUCGCACGUGGCGGUGAGCAACCAAAGCCAGCCGACCAGCGGCGCGGACGGGCCCACUCUCAGCCUCAAGGGCGGCUGCUCCUCCGCCGUGCUGGCGAUCUGGGCCGGCGCAUGGCUGGUGCUCUUCUAG